AGAAAUCUCGCGAGAUCUGAGCGGCCGUUUAGGAAAAAUGGCCGCUCACGGAACGAUUCCUGGAACGGGGAACAACAUCAGGUACAGUCCGGGUCGUGACAGCUGACCUACGGCGAAGCCGGUUUCUACCCCACGUCAGAGCGGAUGGGUAAAGCGGCCUGCGACAAAGGGGGCACAAGGGAACAUAGCGCGUCCGUUUAAAUAGUCGGAGGAAGUGUGGGAGCUAGCCGGAAAGCUAACGCUGAGGCGACGUUAGCUAGCUCGCUUAGCUGAGCCAAGACGUGACGCCCGGGGGCUGAAUCUGCGCCUUGAGGCGGGAUUCAGUGUAGCUGAUAACAGCCGCAAAAAUGAGCGGAUCGGGGCAGGACAGCGAGCCUGAGGCGAAAAUCCUCCACAUCAAGCGGCUGUACAGAGCCGUGGUGGAAUCCAUUACACAAGCUGGAUGUGAUCAUCAGCAGCAAGUCGUCCUACAGGGAGGUCUUCAAACCGGAGAACAUCAGCCUGAGGAACAAGUUGAGAGAGCUGUGUGUCAAGCUGAUGUUCUUGCACCCGGUGGAUUACGGCCGCAAGGCGGAGGAGCUGCUCUGGAGGAAGGUCUACUACGAGGUCAUUCAAGUCAUCAAGACCAACAAGAAGCACGUCCACAGCCGCAGCACUCUGGAGUGCGCCUACAGAACUCACCUGAUCGCUGGAGUCGGCUUCUACCAGCAUCUCCUGCUCUACAUCCAGUCCCACUACCAGCUCGAGCUGCAGGACUGCAUCGACUGGACGCACGUCACCGACCCGCUCAUCGGUCGUAAGAAGCCCGUCUCUGCCACGGCGAAGGAGAUGGAAUGGGCUCAGAUGGCGUGUCAUCGAUGUCUCGUGUACUUGGGUGACCUCGCACGCUAUCAGAACGAGCUGGCAGGCGUGGAGGCCGAGCAGCUGGCCGAGAGAUUUUAUCACCAGGCCCUGUCUGUUUCACCGACCGUCGGAAUGCCUUUUAAUCAGCUCGGUACUCUGGCCGGGAGUAAAUUUUAUAACGUAGAAGCGAUGUAUUAUUACCUUCGCUGCAUUCAGUCCGAGACGCCUUUCGAAGGAGCCUACGGGAACCUGAAGCGUCUGUUCGAUAAAGCGGCCAAGAUGUACCAUCAGGUGAAGAAACAAGAGACGAAGAAGCUCUCACCGUCACGCCAGAGAUCAAAGGACAUUAAGCGACUCCUCGUAAGCUUCAUGUACCUCCAGAGUUUACUGCAGCCCAAGAACAGCGUAAUGGACGCAGAGCUGACGUCGCUGUGCCAGUCGGUCCUGGAGGACUUUAACCUGGUGCUGUUCUACCAGCCCAGUCCGAGUCACGGCAGCCAGUCGGUCAGCGAGGAGGAAGACGAGCAUGAUCAGACCUUUAACGUUCUCCCAGACAGCCUGGUCUUCAAAAUGGUGGUGAUCUGCCUCAUGGUGGUGCACAGCUUAAAGAGAGGAGGUUCUAAGCAGUACAGCACCUCCAUCGCCUUCACACUAGCACUUUUCUCCCACCUGGUGAACCACGUGAACAUAAGACUACAAGCCGAGCUCGAACAAGGAGAGAGCGACGUUCCGGCGUUACGCACCGACGUUCCCAUGGACAACGUCGAUCCUCGAGAGCAGACGAACACACUUCCCUCGGAGGGCGGACCACUGCAGAACGGCUCCAUAGAAGAAGAAGACGGAGACGACGAGAACGACGAAGACGAGAUGAAAGACGAUGGGACGAAGGUUUCUGAGAAAACCCCUGCGAAGAAGAGCAGUGAGGAAAAGCCGAAACAGAAGAGGAAGUUCUCGCGGCUGUCGAUGCUGCGACGGCGCCGCUGCCCUCGCAACGAGGACGAGAGCGACCUGAGCGAAGGAUUCGAGAGCGAUGAAGAGGAGGACGAAGAACCCCCGAGAGCCGACGGUCCGGGAGUCCCGGCCAAUUCCUCUCUGGGCAAAGACGCGGUGGGGGAGCAGGGUGUGUGGGAGAGUGGAUCCGAGGAGGAGGAGGAGGAGGAAGAAGGCGGCACCGCGUUCGAUGUCGAAACGGACUCCGAUAUGAACAGCCAGGAGUCGCGAUCCGAUCUGGAGGACAUUGAGGACGCGGCAAGUCCGGUGCAGGAGCAGCAGCAGCACGUAGAAGAGGAAGAAGAGUCGAAGGCACGUUUGUCACGUGACGAAGUCUCCACCCCUCCCGCCACCAACGGCCCGCUGCUGUCCGCCGACCCCAGCAUCAGCAGCAACCUGCAGGCCGUGUCCUCACAGCUCUUCCAAGCCAAACGCUGCUUCCGUCUCGCACCGACCUUCAGCAACGUCCUUCUGAUACCCUCACACACCUCCAACACAACCUCCGAUUCAGUCCCCUCACACGAAGCCACGCCUCCUGUAGACACGCCUACUAUUGCAAGUAUGGAGAUCACCAAUGGAACUAAUGACAAUGACGUCGACACCGAGGACAGCGAGCACAGCAACCCGUCAUAUCACAGCGAGAAAACGCUCUCGGAGAGACUGGAGAUUCUGACCAACCAAGGCCUCAUUCAGGUGGUCAAGGUCUUCGUGGAUUGGCUGAGAACAAACACGGACAUCGUUCUCAUGUGUGCGCAGAGCUCUCAGAGUCUGUGGAAUCGUCUCUCAGUGCUGCUAAACCUCCUGCCUGAUGGGAACAAGAUGCUGGAAGCAGAUCUGGGUCUGAAGAAGGAGUUCAGGGAUCUUCUGGCGUGUAGUGAACAGCCGGACCUGGUGCAGACGGUGCUGCUGCCCGAGGACCAGGCGCUACGUCACCUACCCGCCCUGAACCUGACACACCGCCGCCUCGACUUUACUCAUCACAGGGGCAGCCUGAGUCCACGGCAGGAGUGUGUGGUGCGCUUGUGCUGUAUCCGCAGCUUCGGCCACUUCCUCACCGGUCUCCAAGGCAACGUCCUGCACUACAACCCGGAGGCGGGGAUUUUCACCAGCAUCAGCCAAUCAGAGCAGGACAACAUGGUCCAGCAGGCGAAGGCGCAGUUCCGCAUGGCUGAAGAGGAAGCACGCAGGAACCGGCUCAUGAGGGACAUGGCGCAGCUCCGUCUGCAGUUAGAGGUGUCCCAGCUGGAGGGCAGUCUUCAGCAACCCAAAUCCCAGUCGUCCAUGUCUCCGUACCUGGUGCCAGACACUGGAGCUCUGUGCCAACACCUGAACCUGCUGCGGCAUCUGGCAGCAAGCGGCUGCUUCAUCAUCAUCAUCCCACGCACAGUCAUUGAUGGACUCGAUGUCCUGAAGAAGGAAAAUCCUGGUGCGAGGGACAGCAUCAGAUUUUUGGAGUCUGAGUUUCGGAAAGGGAAUCGAUAUAUCCGGUGUCAGAAAGAGUCCGGGAGGAGUUUCGAGAGGGAUAAGCUGAAGAGACAGGACAUUGAAGCGUGGCACCUGUAUAAAAUGGUGGACAGCUGCCGCCAGCUGACGGGAUCUCAGAGCGGAGGAGACGAGGACACGGCCGGCAUGGUGACCAUCCUGACGGGGUACUCGGUGGAGGAGCUUGCCGAACGCUCCGCCCCCAUGAAGUCGGCAGUCCAGGCAGUCGUGGCGGCGGGGAUGGAGCUGAAGAACGUCGUGGAAUUUUACCGGCAGUGGAAGGAAAUGGGCUGAAAGAGACUGAGGGAACAGGGGACUCAGCCCAGCGCUCAGCUAAUCACACAUCGACUCUCUAUCUCUCUCUCUCUCUUCUCCUCUCUCUCUCUCUCUCUCUCUCUCUCUCUCUCUCUCUCUCUCUCUCAUUUUACUGCUCUCUCUGUGUCCGCAUCUCCAGGAUUUAAUCCUGAACUCGGAAUAGAGAAGGUAAAGACGGAGUGCGAUACUGAAAUGUUUGGAAAAUCAAUGGAACGAGAGAUGAGAGAGAGAAGAAGCUAAACGUUUGCCUGGUUUUUGUUAGGACCAGAUAAAACGAGUGUGAUAAAUACACACACACACACACACACACACACACACACACACACACACACACACACACACAAAGAUUAAACCAGUAUGUAUAAUUAUAUAGAGCAAGAGAUUAGACUUUUUGGUUUGCCCUCUUUUCGUAUUGAGAGGGAGUCGCGUCAGCAUCGGUGUCUAACAUGGGAUGCGACGAUCAUACACACACACACACACACACACACACACAUCCCUCCCCUCCACAGAAUCGCACGACCAUCCGUUUUUUUACGAGCCGGUCCUCUGCGGAGCGACUGCUGACUCGUAGGUUGACGAAGGACUCAGAUCACUCGGAUGUACACUUUCUUUACGGGUGUUUUUUUUCAUAUUCUAAUGUGGCUGCUUUUUUUUUUGUUUGUUUGUUUAUUCAUUCUCCUCCCUCUCGAGGCUCAUUUGUGGUUAUCGUGUUUGUUUCAUGAAGACAGACCGUGUAAAGAUGUCCAAGCAGAUGGUCGGUUUUAUUUGAUUUUAUAUCCUUUUUCCCCCAAUGCUCCGCUGUAGUGAGGAGGGGUGAGGGGCGGGGUGGGGCGGAACUUUGGCGCCUCCUACAGGAGCACAGAGCACGGUUUCGGUACAGAGGUGACGUCAUCUCUGGAUCGCAGUUUUUCCUCGUUAACGCACGUGAAGCUCGUUCUGUUCUUUAUCACGGCCGCCCCGUCAGUCGUCCCACAACACACUCGGCGGAAAGGAAACCGAUGUAUGUGUGAGGCAUUAAACAAUAAAAAAAAAUUCAUGAGAUAAA